AUGUAUACGAUCGCUCUUCUUAUCGCUUCAGCGGCUUUUUUCGAGACUGCUUCCGCACACGGCUUCGUUACCCAAGUUACCGACCAGGGCGUCGCGACUAAAGGCUCUGACCCUGUCUGGUAUUACUACGACCAGAAUGGUCAGCCGCGCCCUGUUACGGCUGGGUGGGAUGCCCUAAACCAAGAUAACGGUUUCGUCUCGCCCGAGUCGUUCACUACCGCCGACAUCAACUGCCACAAGAGCGCUCAGGCAGGUCAGGCAUACGCCACUGUCAAAGCUGGAGACACUGUUGAUUUCGUCUGGAACCCCUCGUCCCUGAAGUGGUCCAAGAUCUCCCAAGCCGGUCUCAUUACUCCCGGCGGUUCCGGAACAUGGGCGACAGACAACCUUAUCAAGAACAGCUUUACCGCCUCGACGGUCAUUCCCAAGAAUCUCAAAGCAGGCAACUAUGUUUCUCGCCACGAGAUCAUCGCGCUUCACGGUGCGGGAAGCGACAAUGGUGCUCAAAUCUACCCUCAGUGCUUGAACCUCAAGGUCACUGGCAGCGGUACAGUUGCACCAACGAGCGGCGUGGUUGGUACCUCUUUAUAUAAGAGAACUGACCCCGGAAUUCUCUUCAACCUGUACAAUAGCCCUAGUUCUUACACGAUUCCCGGCCCGGCAUUAUGGACUGCUGCGAACUAG